AUGGCCGUAUGGCUGUCUCUCCCCCUCCCCCACCCUGACCCCCACCUUCCAGCCACUAGGACCACUCUCCCUCCUUCUUUCCCAGUGUUCCACACUCGUCAUGCUGAGCAAAGUGCAGAGCGACCACGAUUGGUUACUGUGGUCCGACCGUGCGGUCACAGCGCCCUCAGAAAGGUGACGGUGCUGUUAAACCGUAGGGGCGUGGUCUCGUACGAACAGCUUCUAUUGGACGUCUCCGAGGCGCUGGGCUUCCCUCGCUGGCACAGGGCCAGAGUGCGGGGUGUGUGUGGUUUCUUCCGUGGCGAAGCGGCGUUCCUGGCUUUGGGAAAGUCUCGCCCUGAGCUCCGGAGCGUCAAGGAGGCCUUGGAGGAGCUGUUCCCUAAACAUUCCCGUUACUGCGACGAUGCGCUCCGGGCCUGGGAGAGGAAGUUACGUCCUUCACCUGAUGGAGCUGCCAAGGCCGACAGCAGGGUCAGAGUGAAAAGCGGAACUAGAGAGAGACUAUCCUCACCGAUAGGUCCACUUACCCAGGAAGAGGAGAUAGACACACCCCCUCACACCACGCAGCAGGAACUGAUUGAGGAGGAGUCCCUCAGCCAAUCAGAACAUUGCUCCUCAGAUUCUAAACAGGAAAAGGCGGGGACUAAACAGGAAAUGAUUUUUGACCUUCCGUCUGACAAUAGUGAUGUCACUCUGUCGGAUAUUGAGCGUUACUAUGACAUCGGCCGCACGGUUGGAGACGGAAACUUUGCUGUUGUGCGCGAGUGUCGUCGACACAACAACGGGGAAGCCUUCGCCAUAAAGAUUGUGGAGCGCUCAAAGCUGAUUGGUCGAGAGCACAUGAUGCAGAACGAGCUAAGCAUUCUGGGUAGCUUGUCACAUCCCCGCGUGGUGCGCCUCUUCACACACCACCACACACACCACACACACACACAUUCCUAUCUUGUCAUGGAGAUGACUACCGGGGGCGACCUGUUCGAGGCGAUUGCAGAGCGUGGGAAGUUUCCGGAAGAGGAGGCGGGGCAGAUGGUGUGUGAUGUCAGUGAAUCUCUGAGAUACAUUCACAGCAAGACCAUAGUACACAGAGACCUGAAACCUGAAAACCUACUGGUGGAGUACAGUAAUGAUGGGGUCAGUAGGUUGAAGCUGGGUGAUUUUGGUCUAGCCAUGGUUGUAACAGAACCCAUCUUCACUGUUUGUGGAACACCUACCUAUGUCGCCCCGGAGAUCCUCUCAGAGACAGGGUAUGGUCUGCCGGUAGACCUGUGGGCAUUGGGGGUGAUAGUCCACAUCCUGCUCUGUGGGUUCCCUCCGUUCCGGAGAAGGGACGGAGACCAAGAGGAGCUGUUCCAGAUGAUCAGAGAGGGACACCUCACCUUCCUGGCCCCUUACUGGGAUCACAUAUCUGACGCAGCACAAGGCCUGGUGAAAGCCUUGCUACAGGUGAAUCCAACAGAGAGACUGACAGCAGUGCAGACUCUGAAGCAUCCCUGGAUUCAGACCACUACAGACCAGAACAGACCAGUACCGACCAGCACAGAGUCCAUCCCCUACAGACCAGUACCGACCAGCACAGAGUCCAUCCCCUACAGACCAGUACCGACCAGCACAGAGUCCAUCCCCUACAGACCAGUACUGACCAGCACAGAGUCCAUCCCCUACAGACCAGUACCGACCAGCACAGAGUCCAUCCCCUACAGACCACCCACCACCCAGCCCACCACCCAUCCAGCCCACAACCCAUCCAGCCCACCACCCAGCCCACCACCCAGCCAGCCCACCACCCAUCCAGCCAGACCACCACCCAUCCAGCCAGACCACCACCCAGCCAGCCCACCACCCAUCCAGCCAGACCACCACCCAUCCAGCCAGACCACCACCCAUCUCAACCACCCCACCCAUCUCAACCACCCCACCCAUCCAGCCCACCACCCUAUCUAUAAACCAGCAUACUAG